AUGGCGGACCCCGAUUCUUACUUGCAAUGGGAAAGGAAGAUAGAACAUGUGUUUGAUUGCUAUACGUAUAGUGAGAAUACGAAGAUGAGACUCGCCAUUGCUGAAUUCACCAAUCAUGCCGGUGAAUGGUAUCAAAAUCUCAAAUUAGAAAGAAGAAGGAAGGAGGAGGAUCCAUUAGACACUUGGGAAUAUCUCCAAGAAGCCAUGAGAAGGAGGUACGUUCCAAAACACUAUGAAAGAGAUUUGAAAACUAAACUGCAAGCUUUGAGGCAGGGAACGAAAAGUGUUGCUGAGUAUUAUCAAGAGAUGGAGACCUUAAUGCUAAAAACCCAAAUYCGAGAAGAAGAGGAAGAYACCAUGUCUAGAUUCCUUGGAGAUCUUAAAAGUGGUUACCAUCAAAUUCGAAUGCAUGUGGGAGAUGAGUGGAAAACAUCUUUCAAAACAAAGUUUGGGUUGUAUGAAUGGCUUGUUAUGCCAUUUGGCCUUACUAAUGCACCAAGUACUUUUAUGAGGCUAAUGAAUCAUGUUUUGAGAGAAUAUAUUGGAAAAUUUGUUGUUGUAUACUUUGAUGAUAUUCUUGUUUACUAA